AUCAUUGGAAGAACGCCUUUCCUCAUUCGGCAGUUCCCUCCGGCCUCCGCUUCAACUUUCUCAGUUAGAGAGAAGUGGAAUGGCGUCCGGCGGCGGUAUACAAGUGGGAGUGGAGAGACUGUUCAUCGGCGCUGGCUGCAACAGAAUAGUGAACAACGUUUCUUGGGGCGCCUCCGGUUUGGUCUCUUUUGGUGCCCAAAACGCCGUCGCUAUUUUCUGCCCCAAGACCGCACAGAUAUUAACUACGCUUCCGGGUCACAAGGCCUCUGUAAACUGUACUCAUUGGGUUCCCAGCAGCAAGUUUGCUUUCAAAGCUAAGCAGUUGGAGCAACACUUUUUGCUAUCUGGAGAUGCUGAUGGUGUUAUUAUUUUGUGGGAAUUUUCUCUUUCAGAGAAGAAGUGGAGGUAUGUGUUACAAUUGCCACAAUCCCACAAAAAAGGUGUUACAUGCAUUACUGCAGUAUUGGUUUCUCAUCAACAGUCAAUUUUUGCAUCCACAUCUUCGGAUGGUACUGUAAAUGUGUGGGACCUGGCUCUUCCAUCUACAUACGGAGGUGACUGUAAAUUAUCAUGCUUGGAUUCUCUCUUUGUUGGUCGGAAACCUAUGGUUUCUCUCUCACUAGCAGAGUUGCCUGGGAGCCAACACCUGGUACUGGCCAUGGGAGGAUUGGACAGCAAAAUUCAUCUAUAUUGUGGUGAGAGGACUGGAAAAUUUCUUCCUGCCUGUGAAUUAAAAUCACAUACAGACUGGAUUCGGAGUUUAGAUUUCUCCUUACCUAUAUAUACAAAUGGGGAAACCAGUAUUCUGCUGGUAAGUUCAUCUCAAGACAAAGGAAUACGCUUGUGGAAGUUGGCUUUACAGGAUACAUUAGCUGAUCACAAGAAGCAAGAAAUGAGCUUGGCAUCUUACAUUAAAGGUCCUGUACUUGUAGCCGGCUCAUCCUCUUAUCAGGUUUCUAUGGAGUCUCUCCUCAUUGGGCAUGAGGAUUGGGCAUAUUCAGUUGAGUGGCAACCUCCGUCAAGUUCAUCUGAUGAAGGAGGUGAAUGCUAUCAACCUCAAAGCAUUUUAUCUGCGUCAAUGGACAAGACAAUGAUGAUCUGGCAACCUGAAAAAACUACUGGCAUCUGGAUGAAUGUGGUUACUGUUGGAGAGCUAAGUCACUGUGCCUUGGGAUUUUAUGGUGGGCACUGGAGCCCAUGUGGAAAUUCAAUUUUAGCUCACGGCUAUGGUGGAUCAUUCCAUCUUUGGAAAAAUGUUGGUGUUGAUUGUGAUGAUUGGAAGCCACAAAAAGUUCCUUCUGGGCACUUUGCAGCUGUGUCAGAUAUCUCAUGGGCUAGAAGUGGUGACUAUGUUUUGUCAGUCAGUCAUGACCAGACAACCAGAAUAUUUGCUCCGUGGACCAACAAUAAUUGUUCUGUGAAUGGAGAGUCGUGGCAUGAAAUUGCUCGACCUCAAGUUCAUGGCCAUGAUAUAAAUUGUGUGACAAUGAUCCAAGGAAAGGGAAACCACCGUUUUGUGGGCGGUGCUGACGAGAAAGUUGCCAGAGUUUUUGAAGCUCCUUUGUCCUUUCUGAAGACAUUGAAUUAUUUUACAUCAGAUGACCAUAGUUUUUCAGAUAAUCUUCAAGUUGAAGUGCAGAUUUUGGGUGCAAAUAUCUCUGCUCUAGGUUUAUCACAGAAACCUAUAUAUGUUCAAGCUUCAUCAGACGCAAAGCAGGUUAGCAAUAACGAAGGUAUUGAUACCAUGGAAACUGUUCCUGAAGCGGUUCCAGUUGUCUUAACCGAGCCACCCAUUGAAGAACAACUGGGCUGGCAUACUCUAUGGCCCGAGUCGCACAAACUGUAUGGCCAUGGGAAUGAACUAUAUUCAUUAUGCUGUGAUCACGAGGGAAAGCUUGUAGCUUCUUCAUGCAAGGCUCAAUCAGCAUCAGUUGCAGAAAUAUGGCUUUGGCAAGUGGGUUCUUGGAAAUCGGUCGGCCGCCUGCAUUCACACAGCUUGACAGUGACACAGAUGGAGUUUUCUCACGAUGACAACUUCCUUCUCACUGUUUCAAGGGAUCGCCACUUUUCUGUUUUCUCAAUUAAUAAUACAGGAACAAAUGACACAAGUUACCAGCUUGUAACUAAGCAGGAAGCACAUAAAAGAAUAAUAUGGGCAUGUUCGUGGAGCCCAUAUGGUCAUGAAUUUGCCACGGGGUCAAGGGACAAGACCGUCAAAAUCUGGGCGGUAGAAAAUGAGGGCUCGGUGAAGCAACUCCUGACUCUGCCGCCAUUCAACGCUAGCGUGACAUCCCUAUCUUGGGUUGGCCUUAGUCGCCACGACAACCAUGGCCUUCUCGCGGUGGGGAUGGAAAACGGUUUGAUCGAGCUAUGGAGCCUUCACAACAGAAGAACCGAAGAUGGUAGCCCAUCGUCAGCGCCAACCGCUAAUCUUGCUGUUAAGCUCGAUCCUUUUAUGUGCCACGUAUCCACUGUCAACCGGUUAGCAUGGAGAAACUCGGAGAAAAGCGAAGAAUCCAACGCCAUGCAACUUGCGUCGUGUGGGGCUGAUCAAUGCGUGAGAAUAUUUAACAUAUGUUUUGGUUGAGCCAGAAAUGAAAUUUUGUAGAUAGAGAACUUAGAAGCAUGUUUGUAUUUUAAUCACCUGAAAUAUAUAGAAAUUGAGAUUUUACUAAAUGUUUGAAACAUUAGAUGGUAGAUUAUGCUAUUUACUUUCAACUUUUCCCAUGAUAUAUGUUUACUUGUCUUAGGAAAGUCAAAAACGUUGUAAUGAGAAGUGAUAUGAGCUGACAGGCUGAAUAUGAUUUUAUUUUCAAAACUCUUAA